AUGGCCGGAGCGGCGGCGGCCGCCGCGACCCCCGUGUACUGCGUGUGCCGGGAGCCCUACGACGUGAGCCGCUUCAUGAUCGAGUGCGACAUCUGCAAGGACUGGUUCCACGGCAGCUGCGUUGGGGUAGAGGAGCACCAUGCUGUUGACAUUGAUCUAUACCAUUGUCCCAACUGUGCAAUUCUCCAUGGACCUUCUCUAAUGAAGAAGAGGAGGAACUGGCACAGACAUGACUACACAGAGUUGGAUGAUGGUUCCAAACCGGUGCAGGCUGGAACACGGACCUUCGUUAAACAGCUGCGGGCUCGCUCUUUCCCAAGUGCUGAUGAAGUCAUUUUGAAAAUGCAUGGAAGCCAGUUGACACAAAGAUACUUGGAGAAACAUGGGUUUGAUGUUCCCAUUAUGGUUCCUAAAUUAGAUGGUCUGGGGCUCAGACUUCCUCUGCCAACUUUCUCUGUUUUAGAUGUGGAACGCUAUGUAGGUGGCGACAAAGUAAUAGAUGUAAUAGAUGUAGCAAGACAAGCAGACAGUAAAAUGAAGCUCCAUAAUUAUAUUAAAUAUUUCACAAAUCCUGACCGACCAAAAGUAUUGAAUGUGAUCAGCCUGGAAUUCUCGGACACAAAGAUGUCUGAAUUAGUGGAAGUACCAGAUAUUGCCAGAAAGCUUUCAUGGGUGGAAAAUUAUUGGCCAGAUGAUUCUGUCUUCCCUAAGCCUUUUGUUCAGAAGUAUUGCUUGAUGGGUGUCCAGGACAGCUAUACUGAUUUUCAUAUCGAUUUUGGAGGAACAUCAGUCUGGUACCAUGUUCUCUGGGGUGAGAAGAUAUUCUAUUUGAUUAAGCCCACUGAUGAAAAUUUGGCUCUCUAUGAGUCUUGGAGUUCAUCUGUCACCCAGAGUGAAGUAUAUUUUGGGGACAAGGUUGACAAAUGUUACAAAUGUGUUGUGAAGCAAGGACACACUUUAUUUGUUCCAACAGGCUGGAUUCACGCUGUGCUCACAUCUCAGGAUUGUAUGGCUUUUGGAGGAAACUUUUUGCACAACCUCAAUAUUGGCAUGCAGCUCAGGUGUUACGAAAUGGAGAAGAGGCUAAAAACCCCGGAUCUUUUCAAAUUUCCUUUCUUUGAAGCCAUCUGUUGGUUUGUGGCCAAAAACUUACUGGAAACAUUGAAAGAACUGAGGGAAGAUGGUUUCCAGCCUCCAAGCUAUUUAGUGCAAGGAGUGAAGGCUUUACUUACUGCUUUAAAAUUAUGGAUGAAAAAAGAACUUGUAACAGAACAUGCCUUUGAAAUUCCAGACAACAUUAGGCCUGGGCAUCUCAUAAAAGAGCUCUCAAAAGUGAUUCGUUCUGUAGAGGAGGAAAACAGCAAACUCGUUAAAACUCAGGGAAUUCUUGGUGCGUGUCCAACUUCACGGUCUUCACAUGAAACAACUUCCCCUCACCACUCCAGACGAAGGGUGAGGAAACUGCGAGACCAUGCUACCAAAACUCCUUCUAAUCUGGACAUCCUGGAACUCCACACUAGGGAGGUACUGAAAAGACUGGAGAUGUCACCGUGGGAGGAGGAUACCACAAGCUCGAAACUGAACGGGAGAUUUAACAAGCCCUUUCAGCCAUCUUCUACAGUACCUGAAUGGCGAACAAAAGACAAUGAUCUUCGCCUUCUGCUGUCAAAUGGAAGAAUAAUUAGAGAUGAGAGACGCCCAUUUACAGAUAGAAGUCUUUACACAGCAGAUAGUGAAGACGAAGAUGACAGGACAAGGUCGAAAAAGACGACUGUUAAGGUAGAAGACCAGCCCUCAGGAUUUGAAGGAGAAGGGAAUGCAGAUGCCCAGAAACCACUGAACAUGUUCUUUGAAAGUGUGAAAUCAGAACUCAGGAAUGGAUCCUCAGAGUACUCUGAUAUUUCUGAUUCAGAAGAAUCUGAGCCUGAUUGCACUACACAGCAGAAGGAUUCCUCCACAGAGGAGUCGGAAAGCUCAGGUGAUGAAGAGAAACAGGAAGUAACAUCAAAUUUCAAAGAGGAAUCUAAGGUCACGAGAGACCUUUGUCAAAAUACCCAGAAGCCAUCCAGAAAUGAAACUCCCAGUAAAAAGGAAUGUCCUACCUCGACAAGUACAGAAGAAGAAGCUAUUCAGGGCAUGCUUUCUAUGGCAGGAUUGCACUAUACUACAUGUUUACCAGGUCAUACUCAAAGCACAGACUGCACAGAUAAAAGAACCUCUCUUCAGGAACACAGAAGCUACCCCAGGAGUCGGCAUAAAGACAGACAGCCAUCUCAGAGCCACAAAACAAUAGAAUGUGGUAGGUCUGUGAAGGAAGAGGAAGGAGACUUGGGGACUUCAGCAUGGGCUAGACACCUGAAUGAAGCUUCAAGGAUUACCCCUCAGGAUACAAGUAAAACUCAAAAAUAUAUCAAGAAAGAGGGUGCAUCAGAAACCAAUCAUAAGGUUCAGGAAAACAGAAGUAUAGUCCACAACAACAGCUUGAGUUUUCAGCAUGGCAAGUAUACACGAGACUCCAAUCUAAUUCAAGGAGAAUGUCGGCUGAGUGAUGGCAGCCUUAGCCCUGACAGGCCAUAUGGUGAAACAUCCUUGUCUGUACCACUUCAUCCAACAAAGAGGCCAGCAUCAAAUCCACCCCCUAUCAGCAACCAGGCGACAAAAGGCAAACGUCCAAAGAAAGGAAUGGCAACUGCUAAACAGCGCCUUGGGAAGAUCUUGAAGCUGAACCGGAAUGGCCAUGCACGCUUCUUUGUUUAAUGUAGCUGCUACUUCUACUACUGCUGUCUUUCCUACACAGACCAGUAUUGAGGUCAACAGAGCCUGGAGCUGCUGUUAUUCCUCUGCUUGAAGCAGACUUGCAUGUACCAUAUAAAACACUGCCUGAUGAACAAAAACAAGAAAGAAAAAAACAAACAAAAAAAAAACCAACCCAAUGCUGCAUUUUCACUGUGCCACACCUGCUCAGCAAUAACCAUACGGGAAUGGGGAAAUCUUCAGAGAGACAUGGACUGUGAGAAGUAGUCUCUCAUCAGGGCUUGAAUAUCAUUUGUUGCUGGUAGUUUCUGACCUAAUUAAUGAGGGGAAGAUGAUGAAGGUGGUUUAUCAAUAAUUUAUUUCUGAUAGAUUUUGACAACUUUUAAAUUCAUUUUAAAAACCUAUUUAUUUGGAAGACUUUUUUGUGGGGGUUAUUAAUUUAGAUUUAAGAAUGUGAAAGUUUUUAAUUGUUUUGAUAAUGUAUGUUUGGUGCAGUGGAGAGCCACAUUAAUUGUGAUUAGUCUGGACUCCUAAAUUUGAUAUUCAGGUUAUAGUCUUAAAUAGGGGUGAGAUGCAUUAUUAAUUAUUUUUUAAAUUAAGGCAUAUGGCAUCUUAUUUUUUUUUCCUGCUUUUUGUAAGCUGUUGGCUGGGCUUCUGUUGACUUACAAGUUGCAUAUUCUCUGCCAGCUUGAUUAUUUUUUAACCUGUCCUCUUUAAUACAGAUUUAUUUAUUUGAUGGACUAGAAGAGACUCCUAAAGACAGAAGAAUCUUCUUAUGUCAGUCCAGUAGCUAACUUGUUUUAAACUGCACCCCUUUCCUCCAAACUGGGGUGCAUACUUUUCCUCCUGGUGAUCUGUCUGUGAUGAUUUUCUUCUGUAAAAAGGCUCCCUGAAGUUGUAUUUGUACAGGUUAUUUAAGAGUUGGUACAAAGGAGGGAAACCUAAUAUAUCUUUUUGGAGGAACGGGGACAUCAGUUAAGAUAAAUGUUUCUUCAGAACAAUUACUCUGAAAUAACUCGUAAGAUAUACAUUGCAGUCUUAAGAUUUGGCAUAUUACUUAAUGUAGCAUGGAAGAAGCAUUAAAAUAUUAUUAUUGUACUUUAAACACAUUUUACUAAAGAGUUAGGAAGGCAGGAGAAUGUGUGUUGCUUUCAAAGCUGGGCGAGACAGCCAAUUAAAAGUCUUAAUUGGUGCAUAUAUAAGCAUUAAGUAGCUUACUGGUAUCAGAAUGAUCAUUUGUG